AUGGCACUCUCCGCAGGGAAACUCCCACGUCUAACGUACGUUGAGGGUGGGCUUCCGGAAUUGCGAGUUACCAUUCAUGGUCCUGGUCGUCAUGAUAAACUCAGAAAGCCGCUCGCCUCUUCGUUCUAUUCCAAUCCGUGGGUGUUACGUUUUUCUCGGUCUAUUCUUGGCGUUAAAAUCUCCAGCGAUGACCUGGAAGAAUGUUUGGUCUUCUCUGCAGAACAUCUUCAAGUUCAUAUAGAACGCUCUGACUUCUUCUUCGUCAUAGUUUGA